AUGCCAGCCUCAUUGCGGAUCGAAAUAUUCCCCUCCAACCUCCAGCGAAUGAUUGAUUUCUACUCCAACAUUCUCAACUUCAGCUUGAUCAAGCGCGAUGGCGACUACGCUUAUCUUGGACGCGAUGCCAUUUUCAUCGGCGCCAUCGAGACGCGCUCCCCAGAGAGCCUUGAGCAGAAGGAAAGCUACCGCCGCCCGAACAAAGGAGUCGAAAUAGUGAUCGAAGUGGAUGACUUGGAGAAGGAAAGAAAUAUCAUUGUGGCCAAGGGGUGGAGGUUGGACGCUGACAUCCAACGGCAGCCUUGGGGACUGAAGGAUUUCCGACUAAUCGACCCCGACGGGUGCGUCCAUUGCUCUCCUCUAUCUAAGCUAGGCUAG